AUGAGUGCAGUGAUUGAGAUGCAAGUACAUAUGGAUUGCGCUGGAUGUGAGAGCAAGAUUAAGAAAGCUCUUCAAAAACUUAAAGGAGUGGACGAUGUAGACAUUGACAUGGACAUGCAGAAGGUGACAGUGACGGGAUGGGCUGAGCAGAAGAAAGUUCUGAAGACAGUGAGAAAAACAGGGAGAAGAGCUGAGUUGUGGCCAUUUCCUUACAACCAAGAAUAUCAACAUAAUAAUAAUAAUAAUAAUAAUAAUAAUAAUAAUCACCAACAGUAUUACCACACUUUCCAGUCCCAGCCAUCCUCUUCUUACAACUACUAUAAGCACGGCUACUCCCAUGACCGCGGUUAUUAUCACCAUCCCCAACAUUCCACCAUUUUUGGGGACCAAACCGGAGUUGCGUUCAGUGAUGACAACCCUCAUGCUUGUUCAAUUAUGUGAUUAUAAGUCUUUAAGU